AUGCCCCCUUGGACACCACAGCCCGCCGCCUUACAGGAAAUCCUGCAGACCAUCCAUGAGUCCACCGCUACCAGUACCGCCGUCCAGCGUAAUAUCACUCAAAAACUUAACCAGUUUACGCGCUCUCCCGAGUAUAUCGCCUAUUUGGCGUACAUCUUGAGUUCUAUGCUGCAAGAAGAGGAUCGUAUACGAACCAUUGCAGGUUUUUUGCUCAAGAACAACGCUCGCUACAUCCUCCAAGCCCCGCCAGAAGUUGCCGAGUUUGUGAAGGUGGCGGUACUACAGGCGUUCAAUGAUUCCUCCAUCAUGAUUCGAAACGCGGCAAGUCAAGAUAUCGUAACAUUCCUUGGAGUCCUUGAGCCCAAGAAUUGGCCAGAGUGUCUACAGCAGCUCGUAAACGCGCUUGAUUCGGCCGAUUUGGACAAACAAGAGGCUGCCUUCAAUGCGUUGGAGAAAGCUUGUGAAGACUACCCUCGCAAGAUGGACGUUGAAAUCUCAGGCACACGGCCCCUUGAUUAUAUGGUUCCAAAGUUCCUAAUGCUGUCAGAGCAUCCCUCUGCAAAAAUGAGGUCUCAUGCAGUGGCAUGUCUUUCGUACUUUGUCCCAGUAAAUUGCCAAUCCCUUUACGUCCACAUCGAUGCAUUCAUCGCAUGCCUGUUCAAACGGGCCUCUGACGACGAUCCUUCUGUCCGUCGUCACGUCUGCCAGGCACUGGUCCUCCUCCUGGCAGCUCGCCCAGAGAAAUUGAUGCCAGAAAUGCCAAAUGUCGCGGAAUACAUGCUCUAUUCGACAAAGGACAAGAACGAGAACGUCGCGCUCGAAGCUUGCGAAUUCUGGCUCACCUUUGCCGAGGAUGCUGAACUCGUACCCUACCUGCAUCCAUUGCUAGAAAAGGUAGCCCCGGUGCUUUUGGAUUGUAUGAUUUAUGGAGAGGACGACCUUUUAUGGUUGGAAGGAGACGCAGAGGAUGCUGCUGUUCCCGACAAAGAGACAGAUAUUAAGCCCAGGCACUAUGGAGGAGGCAAAUCUCACGGACUUGAGCGUGACGCCAACGGAGGCGAGGAGGAUGACUAUGAUCUUGAUGACGAUGACUUCGCUGAUGAAAUGUCAACCGAAUGGAAUUUGCGGAAAUGUGCCGCGGCUGCCCUUGACGUCCUCGCCGUUCGCUUUAGUGCCGACCUUCUCAACGUGCUUCUUGGUCCCCUAAAGGAUAAGUUGUGGAGUACCGAUUGGCUCCAGAGAGAGAGCGGUAUUCUUGCUUUGGGCGCGAUGGCGGAAGGUUGCAUUGAAGCAAUUGAGCCACACCUCCCGACUCUUAUUCCAUAUCUUAUCAACACUCUCAAUGAUCCCAAGCCUCUUGUGCGGUCGAUUACGUGCUGGACUCUUGGCCGCUACGCGAGCUGGACCACACAGCCGAUCUCGGAAGAACACAAGAGCCAGUACUUCAUUCCGACUAUGGAGGGUUUGCUACGGAUGGUCUUAGAUGGCAACAAGCGAGUUCAAGAAGCAGGCUGCAGUGCCUUUGCAACUCUAGAGGAAGAUGCUGGUCCUGAACUUGCGCCUUAUUUGGAGCCUGUACUACGGAAUCUUGUGGUCGCGUUUGACAGAUACCAGCACAAGAAUAUGCUUAUUCUGUAUGACGCCGUUGGAACGCUUGCGGAUGCUGUGGGCAGAGCGCUACAGAACCCUGCAUAUGUUGACAUCCUUAUGCCGCCAUUGACCAAUCGAUGGGCGAAGUUGAAAGAUGAUGACGAUGACUUGAUUCCGUUGUUGGAGUGUCUCGCAUCAGUUACCAUCGCCAUGGGCCAAGCAUUCCUGCCUUAUGCGCCGCCCGUCUUUGAACGAUGCACUAACAUCAUCCAUACAUCCCUCCUCCAAUACCAACAAUACCAGCAAAACCCGGAACUGGACGAACCUGACAAAUCCUUCCUUGUCGUCGCACUAGACCUCCUCUCGGGCUUGACACAAGGACUCAGCAUGGCCCUUGAGCCUUUGAUCCGAGCAAGCCACCCGAACCUUUUGAGCUUGCUUACCGUAUGCCUGAAACACCCCAACGCCCCUGUGAGGCAAUCGGCGUAUGCUCUUGUGGGCGAUAUGGCCAUGGGAUGCUUUGUGUUGUUGCGCCCGCACAUGCCUGGUAUCAUGAGUGAACUGAUCUUGCAAUUGGAUCCCGAGCCCAAGUUCGAGUUCAUCAGUGCUUCAAACAAUGCUGCGUGGUCUGUUGGUGAAGUUGCUCUGCGGUAUGGCAGAGAUGAUGCUGAAUUCCAGCAGUGGGUAAACCCCUUGAUCGCCAGAUUGGUACCCAUCUUGUUGCACCCCAAAGCACCGCGAAGUCUGCACGAGAAUGCUGCGGUUUCGAUAGGUCGCAUUGGGCUGAUGCAUCCAGCGCUAGUAGCCCCCCACCUUCCCGAGUUCGCUCAGGCAUGGUGCCAGGCUCUCUAUGAGAUUCGGGAUAAUGAAGAGAAGGAUUCUGCUUUCCGUGGUCUCUGUGUUCUUGUGCAGACGAAUCCUCAAGGGAUCGCAAAGGCAUGGAGUUUGCUCUGGUUCUGCAACUCGAUCGUCCGCUGGAAUCAGCCGUCGCCGGAGCUGAACAAUAUGUUCCAAACUCUGCUCCAAGGGUUUAAGGCACACGAUGCUGCUGGAUGGGCAGCCCAAGUGGCCUCAUUCCCGCCCGCAAUUCAGGAACGUCUGGCGACGCGAUACGGUGUAUAA